AUGGCGGAUCAGGGCAGUAGGUUCGGUACUAACACACACUCCGCUCUGAUCUUUAUUCUAACCGGAGCGGCUGAUGGUCCGAACAUCCGGGAACUCACAGCUGCGGCUCUACACAGAGGUAUCAGAUCGUGGGACGUGAAUCUGACCGUGUGUAACCUGGAUGAACUGCUGCCGUUAUUUAUUAGGAACCAUUCAGCUCAACACAGCACCGAAAUCACAGCUCAGCAGAUCCUGCAGUUCAGUACCAGUGGAUUCAGCUGUACGGUGGUGGUGAAUCCAUCAGAGGAGCAUCUCGUCUCCCAGGUACGAGCUCUGAUCACAGAUCUGUCUGGACAGAAGUUGCUGCUGCUGAGUGGACGGAGUUUGGAGGACAGCGGGGAUUUAGUCCUACGCUCUGGAUACUUCAGUCCUCAUCACUUCACCCAGAUACUCACAGAUCAGGAGAUUGCACCGAUACUGAACUCAGCAGGUUCUUCAGGUAAAAUCACUCUGACGCUAAGUUGUCCGAAGCCUGGAAGAUGGAAGAACGCCGUACUUGGAGUGCAUGGCUUACAGGACGCUCUGGACAUUAAGGUGAACCCUCUGAUGGUGCUGCCCAAAAUGGACGGCCUUCAGAAAUUCUCAGAUUUCCUGUGUGAGAACAUCGAGCCUCUGUCACCGUUCGAUCUGCUGGAGCCUCCGAGUCAGGUGGGCUUUCUGAAACUCUGCCGGCCCUGCUGCUACGUCUUCCCGGGUGGGCGUGGCGACUGUGCCUUCUUUGCAGUUAAUGGAUUUAAUGUUCUGGUCAAUGGUGGAUCAGAGUCCUCUUCCUGUUUCUGGAAGCUGGUGAGGCACCUGGACCGUGUGGACUCGGUGCUUCUCACUCACGUUGGGACGGAUAAUCUUCCAGGAGCGAACAGCCUGUUCGCAAGAAAGGUGGCUGAGGCUGAAGAGAACAAUUGUACUGACCUGGAUAAGAAAGAGAAGUGGGUGAAGAAUCUCAUCUCUCCAGAACUGGGCGUGGUUUUUUUUAACGCUCCCAACAGGCUGAAAAAACUUCCGACUGAUCCAAACGUUGAGCGCGGCUGUGAUCUAGCAGGUCUUACGUUACGACAAUUAGAGAAGCUCAAGAUAUCACCAGAACUGCUAAGUCGUAACUCGGCCGGAUCUAUAGAGCCUGUGAUCUUGUUUCAGAAGAUGGGCGUGGGCUGCCUGGAGCUGUACGUCCUGAACCCGGUUAAAGGCAGCAAAGAAUUGGAGUCCUUCAUGCACAGCUGGCCAGACAACAACUCCAAUCCCAAAGGUUCUGAUGUUCCUUUAAGUUCUCUGGUCUCUAUCUGCACUCUGCUGGUGUGGCAUCCUGCCAGCCCACAGGAAAAGAUCAUCCGAGUCCUGUUCCCUGGAUCCACACCACAAGCCAAAAUACUAGAAGGUCUAGAGAAGCUCAAACAUCUAGAGUUCCUGAAGCGACCUGUCGUGUGUUCUAAAGAUCUAGACUCAAAAGCAGAAAAGACCCAAAAACGAGCAGAGAGCCAAGAAAGCAUCAAAUCUGGUUCUGGUACCAAGGAUUCCAGGACUAGUAGUACCUCUCCCAAAGAUAAAUCAGUGUCUGGGAAUCCUGAGCCCAAGGAGAACCUCAAAGUCACAAGUGGAAGUAAUUCAACCAGUGGAGAACGACUCAAGUCUGUGGAAAAAAGCGUCAAGCCAAAAGUCCCCAAAACGAUUCCCCGGAAGGAGUCCUUCAGAGGAAGUAAAAAGGAUGAAAGAAUUAACACGUCAGUCUCAAAGAAGCAAGAAGGUGGACAGAGAAAAAUCCCAGGUAAAAAAGAUCCUCCUGCAAACACGGUGAGAACAGAACCAAAAACCACUGAAAGGUCUGCGAGAGACUCCAGGAAGAUGCCUGCAGUAUCCAUGUCCCCUCCAGCCAAACCAAACAAGUCCAAAAAAACUGAACCAAAAGCAAACAAAGCAGCAGAAAGCAACAAAUCAGACAAAGAGCAGCAGAACCAAAAGCUUUCAGGAGAUAGUGGGGAUCCAAACCAGCCCACCAUCGUUUCUCCUGAAGAUGGUUCCUCCGAGCUUCUAGAAAGGACGACGGAACAAACACAAGAACUGCCUGGUAGUACAAACUUCAUCACCGCUUCUGGAAAGGACUCAGCAAGUCAAGAGGAUCCAGAGAGGUCUUCACAUCAAACCAAGGUCACUCCAAAAAGUGAGCAAAGUGUGAAACUGGCCCUCACACCCACAGAGUUCGAUGGAGCUUUAAAGGACAAUCAGGAUGAACACAACCAGCGUGGACAGGUGGACGUCUGUAUUAGUCCUGAAGAGAAGACCUUAGAGCUGAGCUCUUCCAGAUCUGGUCCGAACAGCGCUGGACACACGCCGUACCACCUUUCACCCGAGGAAACCUGGGCCUCCAAAGAUCGCAGCAGCCUGGUGGUUAAGAUGUGUCUGGGAUCGGACAGCCAGCAGGUCGGGUCUUCUAAGAUGUCGGAGACCGGGUGCCUGAGAAGUACUCAGGAGAGCAACUCCACCUCCUCCAGAGAGAAACAUUCCAGCUUCCUGUCCCUCAGCUCCUUUAAAGACUUCAUUCCUGACGUGUCUCCAUCAGCCACCACCCACUCCAUGCCCGCUGAGGUCAGCUCCCCACAGUCCACAGAGGUCGACGAAUCUUUAUCCAUGUCCUUCGAGCAGGUCCUUCCUACGGUCAGUGAGUCUACAAACGAAGACGAGACCUCGCACUCCAACGGGCACUACACAGACUCGGACUUUAAAGUCGGGAUGUCGUUGUCCUUGAAGAAGCCUCACACUAAACGUCUGAUGAACGACGGCUCGGAUGGGCGUCCUCCUGCACCACAGAGUCUGAUCUUUGAUGCCCCUCAUGACGUGGACCUGUGUCUGGUGUCUCCUUGUGAGUUUAAGCAUUUCAAACCUGCAGAUGAUCCGGUCUCACCAGGAAUCGAGGCCAACAGUCCUCACGACCUCUCGGACGACAGCGACCGCUCACAGGAAGUGGUGAAGCCCCUGCAUCAAGGGUUUUCAACCAGCAAGUCAAUGCACCAAGCCCAGGAAACUCCUCUCACCUCCGCUAGUGACUACUUCCCCACCGCGUCAGACUCAGAUCCACAUCCAGGGUUAGAAGAAUGUCCUUCAAUCACCGCAGACGGAGCGCUCGACUCGGACGAGGAGUCCGGCACCCAUCUCUCCUCUCACAACCACCACAACCACAACCAGAACGAUGGUUACCCCAAUCACAGGGUGAUUAGUUCACCCCUGCAGGAUCCUCUCCCGGUUCCUCUGAAGGACCUGCCCCCAGUUCCAGCUCAGCCGGGGGCCUGCAUGCCUGAUCCAGCCAAAAACCACAAAACUGCUGCUGCAAGGGACAAAAAGGGGCAACCAAGCAAAACCAGACCAGGAAGUCUGAGUGGAGCGUCCGGUGGUCAGAGAUCAAACUCUGGUGUAGAUGCUCCGGGAUCACGCGCCACCCAGUCUGGACCAAAGAGAACCGCAGCAGGUAAGAAGGGCGGCGCCUCAGUAUAUCUGGACUUGGCGUAUCUCCCGUCUGGACCAGCGGCCUCCACCAUCGACGUCGAUUUCUUCUGCCACCUUCGAUCGUCCUGUUACAUCAUCAGUGGGCAGGACGCUCCUAAAGAAGCCAUGAUGAGGUCGGUACUGGACGCUUUACUGGACGGGAAGUCUGUCUGGUCUGAGGACGUACCGGUGACGUUAAUUCCCACGUUUGAAUGUGAGCUGAUUCACGAGUGGUACCAGCAGACCCAGGAGAGGCAGCGCCAACUGGGCAUCACAGUUCUGGGCAGUAACAGUACAGUAGCCAUGCAGGAAGAGACCUUCCCCGCCUGUAAAGUGGAAUUCUGAGGACAGACGGAGCGAGUGAGUGUGAACCCACACGGCAUGUAAAUAACGGGAGGAAAACAUUCAGCAGAGAUUAAAAUCCUUCCUGAUUUAUUAUUAUUAUUAUUAUUAUUAUUACACGUCCUUUAUUUUCAUUACUGAUGUUAAUGAGCUGCUCAAGAGACACCAGAUUCAUCAGUGAGGAAUCAUUUCUGAUUCAUUUAACCACUGAAAAUAUAAAUACAGCCGCACCUUGUAACUCCACGUCCCCUAAACUCCAAAUCUUUCAAAUCUGUUCCCUUAAUUUGUAAACCCUCAUCAGCGUGUGAGUCUGAUCUGAAUCUGCAUCAGUGUGGAAUAAGCGUCAGAUCCAGUGUUACAGCUCCACAUGUAUCUGUGUUUAUCUGGAUUCU